CUAUCACAUCUUCAGUGUAGCUCCUCCCACUGCAGUUCAUCAAUAAAUGCUGGAAUAUUUCCAUCAGUCUACAAGUGAAGACGAGCAUCAAAUCAUCAGGAAGAAGUGAAAUCUGCAGAGACAGAGUUUAUUGAAGAACAGAGAGAACAUGAGAGAUCCAGAACCCUGCAGAAUGAACCACACUGAAGAACAAACAGCCCUGCUAGAGGAGAGUGAAGAGCAGAAAUAUCAUGAUGUCAAAAGUAGAGAAAAAACUUGCUUACAGAUUGAAACCGUUUCUUUACUGAAAAGUACAGACAAGAAAAGUUUCAUCUGCACUCAGUGUGGAAAGAGUUUGAUAAGCAAACAGAGUCUCAUGUUUCACACAAGGGUCCACACUGGAGAGAAACCAUACACAUGUGAUCAGUGCGGGAAGAGUUUCACACAACCAUCAACCCUUAAGGAUCACAUGAACAUCCACACUGGAGAGAAACCAUACACAUGUGAUCAAUGUGGAAAGAGUUUCAAAAAACAAGGACAUCUUAAGAGACACCUGGACAUCCACAAUGGAGAGAGACUGCACCCAUGUGAUCAAUGUGGCAAGGCAUUUUUGAGGACUUCAGACCUGAAGUGUCACCUGAAAGUUCAUACAAAGGAGAAACCACAUUCAUGUUCUUUAUGUGGAAAGAGUUUUUCACAACUGUAUAAUUUAAAAGUUCACCAGAAAAUACACACUGGUGUGAAAGAUCAUAUGUGCUUUGUGUGUAAGAAGACUUUUAUUACAACUGCAGAAUUGAAGCAGCACCAGAGGAUCCACACUGGAGAGAAACCUUACAAGUGUUCACAAUGUGACAAGAGAUUCAGUCAGACAGGACAUCUGAAAUCACAUGAGAGGAUUCACACCGGAGAGAAACCUUACAAGUGUUCACACUGUGAGAAGAGAUUCAGUCAGUCAGCACAUCUGAAAUCACAUGAGAGGAUCCACACUGGAGAGAAACCGUAUCACUGCACUGUAUGUGGGAAGAGUUUCAGUGAUUUAUCUUCUCUACGCAGUCAUAAAAUAAACUAUCACAUUAAGUAAUUUAUUUCCAGGUCCAGUGCUUUCAAGUGCAAAAUUGCAUCUCUUCCAUAUUAAUCUGUCAUAAGAAACAUAAUUAAAAUUUGUCACAGUACGUCAAGUUCAUCUUCAAGACAUGGAGAUUUAAGAUUUAGAUCCAGGCAGAGAUGAUGCAUUUUACCCAAAGAACAAUAUGUAAAAGUUUUAUUCUUGUACAGGUGCUGGUCAUAUAUUUAGAAUAUCAUCAAAAGUUGAUUUAACUAAUUCCAUUCAAAAAGUGAAGCUUGUAUAUUAUAUUCAUUAUUUACACACAGACUGAUAUAUUUCAAAUUCUUAUUUCUUUUAAUUUUGAUGAUUAUGACUGACAACUAAGGAAAAUCCCAAAUUCAGUAUCUCAGAAAAUUAGAAUAUUGUGAAAAGGUUCAAUAUUGAAGACACCUGGUGCCACACUCUAAUCAGCUAAUUAACUCAAAACACCUGCAAAGGCCUUUAAAUGGUCUCUCAGUCUAGUUCUGUAGGCUACACAAUCAUGGGGAAGACUGCUGACUUGACAUUUGUCCAAAAGACGACCACUGACAAGAAGGGCAAGACACAAAAGGUCAUUGCAAAUGAGACUGGCUGUUCACAGAGCUCUGUGUCCAAGCCAUAGCUGUCAACCCUCCCGUUUUUUCCAUGUUUCUCACGUGUUUUAGCUCUUUUCCCGCUGUCUUCCCGUUUUAGUAUUUUCCCGUAAAAUAUCCCGUAUUUUUAUACUCUGUGUUAACUCAGAACACGCAACUAUCUGUGUCUGUGAAGUGGCUUGCACUUGGGUUGCUAGACCUCCAAUAAAGCAGGUGGCAGUAUAAAGUAGCUUAGGCUACCAUCGAAGAAGAAGACAGUUGCAGCGGCGCCAGCGGGCGGGAGAAAGAGGGAAAAAGUAGCGGGAAGUGAACUUCGAGAGUAUAGUAGAUGAGUGUGAUGUGCGAUGACGGAUCAGAAUGCCGAAUGCCAAAAUCACAGAA